CUCCAGUCUCGUGCGUCUCCGCUCCUCUCCUCUCCCGAGGACAGAUGGAACUGACACGGGGACGCAUCCGCAGCGUCGCAUUUUGACUUUUCUGCACCUCGCCUUUUCUUCCCUCUCACCCCGGCCACCGACCACCCUCUCCAUGGAUAUCUACGCCUCCACUCUGUCGCCGGCGCUGGACAUCGGCGCAGGCUGUUACCUGCUGGUUGUAACUGUGCUCUCCAUUGUGGGGAACGUGCUAGUCCUCGUCAUGGCUUUCAAAAGGUGGUCAAGGAUGAAGCCGCCGGAGCUGCUGAGUGUCAAUCUGGCAGUGACAGACCUCGGAGCAACUGUUACCAUGUACCCUCUGGCUGUGGCCUCCGCCUGGAGCCACCACUGGCUCGGAGGAGAUGGGGCCUGUAUUUAUUACGGCCUGGUGGGGUUCUUCUUCGGCAUCGCCAGCAUCAUGAACCUGACCGUCCUGGCCGUCGUGCGCUUCAUCGUGUCCCUCAACCUGCAGUCACCGAGAGAGAAAAUCACUUGGACCAAGGUGAAGAUGCUGUGCAUGUGGACCUGGCUGUAUGCUCUGAUCUGGGCCCUGUUCCCCAUACUGGGCUGGGGCCGCUACGGGCCAGAGCCCUUUGGCCUGUCCUGCUCUCUCGCCUGGGGAGAGAUGAAACACAGCGGCUUCUCCUUCGUCAUCGCCGUGUUCUCCUUCAACCUGGCCUUACCGACUGUCAUCAUCAUCUGCUGCUACUCCAGCAUUGCCAUCAAGCUCUAUUUCACCUACAGGAAAUCGAUGAACCAUGGGCACCGAAUCCCAAACAUCGUCAAGCUCCAUCGGAGGCUGUUAGUAAUUGCGGUUUUGAUCAGUCUGGGCUUCAUAGGCUGCUGGACGCCCUACGGUUUGGUAAGCCUGUGGUCCAUUUUCAAUAAAAGCAGCUCCAUCCCGCCCGAAGUCAGCCUGCUCCCGUGCAUGUUUGCGAAGAGCUCCACCGUGUACAAUCCGAUGAUCUACUACAUAUUCAGCCAGACCUUCAAAAGGGAGGUAAAGAAACUGCCGUGGCUUUGCCUGCACUCCAGUAUGUGCCGCGUUGCCAACAGCGUCAACGACAACAGCAUCUACAUGGUCAGUGCUGACAUCAAGCCCAAAGUAACGGCAAGAUCUACUGUGCACGAGAGCAUAGAGUCCAAGACGGAGAUUUUUGAUUGAAAGACUGUUUUUUUUUUCUUUUGUUAAUUCCUUUGGAACACACACUUCAGGAGAAACUGUGGAGCUUCAUAACGUGUUAUUUCACAAGCCUUGCCAAGAUAGAAAGCAGCUGUGCAGUAAUAUAACAGGGUAAUACUGGUGUCUUUUCUGGCUGAGAGCGUGUGUCCUCACGAUGUAUUAAAUGUUAUGAAAGUUCAGCCAACAAACACUAUAGAAUAGAGUUAGACAUAUGCUCACAGUUGGUACACUGCUCUUACAACACUGGUGCCCAGAAACAGAUCCGUGCUCACCGCUGAGUAAAACUGUGUUAUUGAAGAAGUUACAGUUGUAAACUCAUUUUCAUUUUGUCAUUUGUCAUGCACUGUAAAGGUUUACAAUUAUCCAGGAGUGUGAGAAAGUGGCUGUGAAGUGGGAGCCACCUAAGGGUCAAAGAACAGCACACAUUUAACAAACCAAAGCUUGUGUGAAGGAAUACAACAAAACCCUUGUGUUGCGCACAGAAUAAAGAGGAGAGAUUUAGAGGAAAGAUUAGUGAUAGAUGCUUGUUUGCUUGAAUUAUUCGUGUUUUGUUUAUUGUUUUGCGGCUCCAUAUCGGUAUCUUUUUAUGAAGAGGUCGCUUAAAGUACCUCUUGAAAUGUUUGCGAAAAAUGACAAAUGCUGGAUUGUUGGUCAAGCCGGACGUUGCCGCUGUUCGAUCUCACUGAAUCCGAUCUUGUUUUCAUUCUGACAAUGAAAACUAACCCAAACUGUGCUGGCCAGAAUGCAUUUCCAAGAGUAUCGUUGAAACAAAACUACGCACAAUUAAAAAAUGCUACAUAAAUCAACAGACAGAUAAUUCAAUCCCUGCUGAAUGGAGUACAUUCACUUACACAAGUCAUUUUGAACUGAACCGGAUGAGGUCAUGACUCCUAUUAUGAAAUCUACCUGUUUUAUUGUAAUGUAUUCUUGUUAUUCUAGUUUAUGUUUCCUGGAUGCUAACUUCGUUGUACAGGGACACGUUAUGUAACACUGCAUGCUAACUGAUGUUUCUGCGAAUUGAAGCUCAUUUCUGAACUUUUUGAUUGGGUUACAAAGGUACUUAGCACCAGUGAGGAGGGAAAUGAAGCGUUGGUAAGCACAGGCUCACUUUGAGGCAUGUGAUACCAUUGGAAAUGGUAUAUACCAGUGGCCUUACUGCUUGAUGUUUUUUGUUGUUGUUGUUGUUUUUGUUUAAAUACCAAGGCAGAAUUCCAAGCAUGUACGUCUCUGCUGCACAGAAGUGAUGUCACACAGUUUGCAGGGAUGCUUCUGCUUGGAGAGGUCCAUGUUGGAUCGGGCUGUCUGCUUCAAGUCAAACAUGAAUAUUUGAAGCAUUUAACGUUGACCACUUUGGUCCUUGAUUCUUGAGAAGGAAAGCCAAACAGUUAAACAAUCACAAUCUACACUUGGAGGUGGAGUUAAGACAGUCUUAAGAAAUAACUAAUGGUAAACCAACGACCAAACAAAUGCAUCCCUCCCCUGAGAAGCUUGGAAUCUUAAAUUCACAGAGUUGAGCCUCGGUUCUCCUGCAGCUAGUAUCACAACAACGGCAAGUCUUGGUUCUGCCGUCGCAGGUGGGUAAACUGCGAAACGGCAACCUCACCUUCGGACAACGGGCCUUUAAACACACCAAGGUCUGUUCAAUGUGUUACCAGGUGCGGAAGAAUCUGUGAACUGCUCGACAUGUGACGGCAGACUGAUGACAAUAGUAGGCAGCUUCCUAUUUGCACAAGCAGAGCACACUGAGUGCGCUCACACAGGCACACACACAGACACAAGUCUUGGAAGGUUAAAUACACUUUCCAGUUUCUGUCUAGUUGCAAAUAAGCAUUAGAAAGAAAGAAAAAACACUGAUAUGAUCCCAAACCAAACCAAGUUUUGUUCAAAACUGUCUGAUCUGGCAGUACUGCAUGAGCAAAAAAACUAAGCUAAAACCAAGGGUCUGGACUUGAAGAUUUCCUCGAAGUGCGCUCGCCAAAGUAGCUUCUUUGUGAAGAAGGAGUAGUAGUGUCUCAUUUUUGGAGAAGUUACUUGAAAGUAUGGUGGUGGAGCAUCUUCCAGAAAGCCAACAAGUCCAGUUGCCCUUGUUUGUCAGCUUGUUUUUUUUGGUUCUAUCAGGACUUGGUUGACUGAGAACCUUCACAGAGAUAAAGAGGUGAAGGCCCAGGACUUUCUGGUAGACCGCCAUGGGAACUUAUUUCUGAAUAAAUGCACAAAGAGUCAAACAAUUAUGUGUUGUGUAGUUUGACCAUUUAACUUUGUUGUAAAAUGAAUAAAGUGUCAUUAAGCACCAUUUCUUGUCUUGUGAAAAAAACACAUCAUCAGCCUCUAGCUACAACAGGUUUGCAAAAAAUUGCAAAAUACAGUGUGUGUAUUCGUUGCACAAUUCAAUUCAUGUUCAUUGUUUGUCUCUCGCCACAGACUACUGGAUUGUUUCCAAUAUAAGGUUCCUUUGAGGUCUACCAGAAGCCUCCCUAAAUUGUUGCGCAGGUUGGUCCAAUCCACGUUUUUUUUUUUUUUUUUUUUUUCAGAUGUAUUUUUCAAUGCACACCCAAAACAACCGGAGGAGAUAAUCAUUGAAUUUGUGCGUUAGAUUCAAAUGUCUUAUGUAGUAUUAAAUCAUAGCGUGUUAGAGGGGACGUUCCUUCCACAUUUUUCACCUGUACCUGUAAUGAACUGUGUUUUAUAUAGUAAAUGUAUAUUGUAUAUUUUUAUUUGAAUUUUCUUGUGUAGCAUAUUUUUUUUCUUGCAACUUGUGACUGCUGUUGACAGUGCUGAACUAUUUUGUAAAUGUAGAGCUCCGAAUCCUGAACAUAUUUAUGUACACAAUUCAUUGGUCAUGUUUGAGAAUAAACAUUUAAUGAAUA